GUCAUGGUCGAUUCUGUGAGGAAAACUUCAUCAUAAAAGUAACGUCUGAUUCCUGCUUUUUAUACUGUGUGAUCGUGAAAAUCUAAAGCUGCCAAGAUGAAAAAGAAGGUUUUAUUGAUGGGAAAGAGUGGUUCUGGUAAAACUAGUAUGAGGUCUAUUAUAUUUGCUAAUUAUAUCGCCAGAGAUACACGUAGACUUGGAGCUACAAUUGAUGUAGAACAUUCUCAUGUGCGUUUCCUUGGUAACCUGGUGUUAAAUUUAUGGGAUUGUGGAGGACAAGAAGCGUUUAUGGAGAACUACUUUGCGAGUCAGAGAGAUAAUAUAUUUAGAAAUGUCGAGGUGCUGAUAUAUGUAUUUGAUGUAGAAAGCCGAGAAUUAGAAAAAGACAUGCAUUAUUAUCAAUCCUGUUUAGAAGCCAUUUUAGAAAAUUCUCCUGAUGCCAAGGUGUUUUCUUUGAUACAUAAAAUGGAUUUAGUUCAGGACGAUCAACGUGAAAGGAUAUUUAAAGAGCGAGAGGAAGAUUUGAAGAGACUGUCGAAACCGUUGGAAUGUACUUGCUUCGCUACGUCUAUCUGGGACGAAACAUUGUAUAAGGCGUGGUCAUCUAUAGUGUAUCAACUCAUACCAAAUGUUCAGAAACUAGAAAGUAAUUUAACAGCUUUCGGUGAUACAAUUGAUGCAGAUGAAGUUUUAUUGUUUGAAAGGGCCACAUUUCUUGUGAUAUCACAUUGUGAGAGAAGACCACACGAAGAUGUUCAUCGAUUUGAGAAGAUUAGUAAUAUUAUAAAACAGUUUAAAUUAAGUUGUAGUAAACUAGCUGCUUCAUUUCAUUGUAUGGAAGUUAGAAACUCGGCAUUCACAGCCUUUGUAGAUGUUUUCACCUCUAAUACAUUCGUAAUGGUUAUAAUGUCUGAUAAAACUAUUCCCUCUGCUGCUACAUUGUUAAAUAUAAAAAAUGCCAAGAAAUAUUUUGAGAAUUUAGAUAAAGUAGAUCAGUUGAUUAAAAAAUGA